AUGGGGCCGGGUCUCUGGAGAUUACACGCAUCAAUGGUGCACAAGAAGGGGGUGAGGAAGAUAGUGGAGGCGACAGUGGCAAAGGUUGAAGUUACCGAUGGCAGCAUUUUCAAACUUCUACUGUCGCGCCUGGCGGUGGGACUCCGUGCCUUCGCAAGGGAGGAAGGCAAGCAUGUCAAGGCUACGGUGUCGCACCUCGUCGACAUUGCCGCAGAACUCCGUAAAGAGGCGAUGCGCAGCCCGACCUGCAAGAUGACCAGUGAAAGGUUAGCGGCGAUGGGUCUGCAGUUACGAGAGUACCAGGCUUCGCGCAAAGACAAGCUGCAUCUUAUGUCCGGCAUGCGGAUGGAGCUCCCAGGGGAAGUGGCGUCACAGCACCUGACGGCGAUGGUGCAGGCAAGGAAGGCGUGUACUCAGAUCUCCGAGCUGCAAACGCCCAGCGGAGUCGUCUUGGACUCGCAGGGCAUUUUCCGUGCAGCGUCCGAUUUCUUUGCAGAUAUAUUUGGGAAAGACAGAUCUCAACUGGAGGAGAACUGGAAGCCUGAGAAGGGGAAAAAAUUGACAGACUGGGAAGCGGCGGAGUUGGCGCAGGAUUGGACUGAAGAAGAGGUUAAGAAAGCAUUCAGUGCGAUGGCGGCGAACAAGUCCCCGGGGAAGGACGGUCUGCCAAAAGAACUGUUUGAGGCUCACUGGGACCUGUUGGGAAAGGGCUUCAUGGCUCUGGCGAAGGAUUUCGCGUCGUCUGCGGUUCUUUCAACAGAAGUUAAAGAGGCGGUCACGAUAUUGCUUCACAAAAAAGGCGAUAAGGAUCAGUUGAACAACUAUCGCCCUAUCACACUGCUCAACUUUACCUACAAGGUGCUGGCGAGGGUGGUUGCAGACCAGAUGAAGAAGGCGCUGUCCAAGGUGAUCUCGCCAGAGCAAUAUGGCUUCCUGUCGGGAAGGCGGCUGACUGAUGCAGUGGGCCUGGUCGCUGACAUCAUCAACACCGCGCACAGAGGUUUUAGGCUCUGGAGCACGGGGCUGCUGCAUACCCCGAGGGAGCUUGGUGGGGUUGGCGUACAAGAUCCUGAGAUGAUACUUGCCUGCCUCACGGCUAGGAGGGUGGGGCUGCUGGCGCUGGAGACGAACCGGCUUAAGAAGCAUCUGAUGACAAGGGCGGCAGACCUACCUAUGGGGAUGGAGACAUUCUUCGCUCAUGAGAAGUUGCUGAAGCACUGGGGGGAGAAAAGCGCGCAGUGGAAGGCAGCGUGUGAGAACUUCAUGAAAACGCCGCUGGGCAACUUACUGGAGGCGAAUACGAGAGAAGCGGUGGUCAGCGAGAAGAUAGUCUUCAACAAGAGGAUCUUGCUGAAGGGUACUACACGUGUUGGGGGGCAAAAGGAUGCGAAGCCGCUCUGGGAGAAGCGGCUUGGUGACCUACUCAAACCUGGCAGCUCUGGCCUGCCGGUGCUCAAAGACGUAACUACUCUCGAGCGGGAGCUAGGAGGGAAGGGGCCAGCCAAGCUUGCAGUAAGGGCGUUUGAGGCUGCGCCUACGAGAUGGAGAGAUCUGCUGCUCAGUGCCCCCUCUCAAGAGGGGCAACCAACAAACUCGGCUGGGUCUCGGCAGGCGCAUCACUCUGCCGGGCGCAAACUCACUGACUUCCCCGUCUUUGCAAAUGGGGGCGUUGCGCCAAUGAAGCAGUUGAAGCUGUUGUGGAGGGCAGGGCAGAAACCAUCGGCGAAGCAGCAGAAGUGGAAGGAGAGGUGGAACGGGCACAUUAACUGUGCAAUUGGGGUGAGAAUUGAUGAGCUUCAGGUGAGUUUUGAUGAGCUUCAGGUGAGUUCUGAUGAGCUACAGGUGAGUUCUGAUAAGCUUCAGGUGAGUUCGGAUGAGCUUCAGGUGAGUUCUGAUGAGCUUCAGGUGAGCUCUGAUGAGCUUCAGGUGAGCUCUGAUGAGCUUCAGGUCAGUAUUGAUGAGCUUCAGGUGAGUUCUGAUGAGCUUCAGGUGAGUUCGGAUGAGGCUCAGGUGAGUUCUGAUGAGCUUCAGGUGAGUUCUGGUGAGCUUCAGGUGAGUUUUGAUGAGCUUCGGGUGAGUAUUGAUGAGCUUCAGGUGAGUUCUGAUGAGCUUCAGGUGAGUUCUGAUGAGCUUCAGGUGAGUUCUGAUGAGCUUCAGGUGAGUUCUGGUGAGUUCAGGUGA